CAGGUCGAACGGCUUUUUUGACUUUUUAUUGAAGUGUCUUGGUACCAUUUUCAUGUGACCUGCGAUAAGAAGCCAAGUCCAUGCAACCCCAAGCUUAUCCGCCAUUAUUUUCUCACCCCCACCAAGACACCACCACAACGACUACCUCACCCCUCACAUCCCACAAAACCGCAAAAAUGGCAGCAGCAGCGCCUUCCCAAGUGGCCCAGAGUAUCCCCGAAACUCAAGACCCCACGAUCAUCGCCCUGCGCACCAGCCUCACCACCGAGUCCACCCCUCUUGCCCAGCGCUUCCGCGCCCUCUUCUCGCUGAAGCAUCUUGCCUCCCAGCCAGACGACUCCCCCCAGACACUCCCUGCGAUCCAGGCCAUCGCCGCCGCAUUCGCAUCGCCAUCGGCGCUACUCAAACAUGAAGUUGCGUACUGUUUGGGGCAGACGAAGAAUUUAGUUGCGGCACAGUAUCUGCGGGCUGUGCUCGAGGAUGUGGCGGAGGACAGUAUGUGCCGACAUGAGGCGGCUGAGGCGCUCGGGGCACUGGGAGAUACUGGGAGUAUAGCACUAUUGAAGGACUUUAGAGAUAAAGAGGGGGAGGUGGAUGUUGUGAGGGAGACGUGCGAGAUCGCAGUUGCGAGGAUCGAGUGGGAGAAUUCGGAGGAGAGCAAGAAGGAGAAACUACAGCAGAGUGAUUUUGCUUCUAUUGACCCCGCUCCGACAACGGCGCAGAACUCUACGGUUGAAGAUCUUGAGAAGACGUUGCUGAACCCAGAAUCGCCUCUCUUCCUACGAUACAGAGCUAUGUUCGGCCUCCGCGACUUGGCUUCGCCUCCCGACCUCCCCACUGCGGUCCCCGCUGUCCUUGCUCUUGCCAAGGGCUUCGCCGAUUCAUCUGCCUUGUUCCGACACGAGAUUGCGUUUGUCUUUGGCCAGCUGUCACACCCGGCUUCGAUACCCGCACUUACUGCCGCGUUGAGCGACACCAAGGAGGCUAGCAUGGUUAGGCACGAGGCGGCGGAAGCCCUGGGCAGCUUGGGAGACGAGGAUGGCGUUGAAGAUGUGUUGAAGCGAUUCUUGAACGAUAGCGAGCAGGUUGUGAGGGAGAGUGUGAUUGUCGCUUUGGAUAUGGCUGAGUUCGAGAGGAGCGGUGAGACAGAGUAUGCUUUGAUCCCAGAGGCUGCCGGCACCGCGGCGGCAUGAAUAGUACAGCAGCGAUUGAUUGUAAGGCGGAAGGCGGGCAGCUGGCAACAGCUCCAAGCUUGUCUGGAGUAGAUAUCCAGCAUAAAAUGGCAUAGACGGAGUUUUCCACAUCAGUUGUUUUCUUUCCAUCUAGAGUGAGACAUUAGUUUCAAGUUCACUUCGAUUUCACGCGUAACUUACUUGUAACCACACUCGCAAGUAUAGAAAUUGGUAGAGCCUUCAUCUGCACCUC